AUGUCAACCUCUCAAGCCACUUAUUUUCCGGAAACUAUCGCUGGGGUUCGUGCUUUCCUUCGCACAUUCCCUACCCAGACCUUGAAGCUUCGCUACAUUCUUGGUCUCGACACUGCUCAGAACGCCCCGAAGCUGGCACAAUCGAUUGUGGUGAAUUGCAUCGAUACCGAACACUAUGAAAGGGAUCGGUCUAAGCUGACCGAAAUUGGUAUCAACGCGUUUACGUCCGGAGAUCUUCGCCAAUACAUUGGCAAUCCUGGUCCCCACGGGGAGAACCUCCUGAAGCAGAUCUACUACUACCACUUCCGCAUGUUGCCGAACGCGCAUUGCGUCAACAAGGAUUUCUGUCCAGGCAAUCCAGAGAGGAACCGCUUCGGGCACACUCGAUUCGCGACACAUGCUGAAGGCAAAGCCAUGCUUGAGGAGUGCUUCUACUGGGACGUGACUGCCGGUAAACCUCAGGAUGGCAAGUGCCCGACAGUCGUUAUCGGCCAUGCUCUCCAUAACGAUACGGAUGGCUUGGCUCGAACUAUCGGUUUUGAGCCUCAGGCUGCAGAAACUGUCGUCGCCGUACUUGACACGCAGCAGAUGGCUCGUGAGAUGGGCAUCUACAAUUCGCGUGGCCCACAGCACGAGAUUGGCCUCCGUAAUCUGAGUGCCCACUUCGACAUCCCAUACCGUGAUCCCCACACGGCUGGGAACGAUGCGGCCUACACUACCAUUUCCGCCAUUUACAUGGCGCUCUAUGGUCGUGCUAAGCUGACCUUCCCAAAGUCGGUUCUCCAGGUGGUCAACGACGUAGAGACGUCUAGUCGGCAGUAUUCGAUCAACAGGCAUGGCAUCCCGCGAUACUGCACUCGCUGCCAUGCUAAGAACCAUUUCGUGAGUGACUGCCAUAAAUAUAUCCCACCUUGCGAGAAGUGCCAGGCUCAACGUAAGCCUAAUGCGAAAGGCGAACUUCAUGGUGUGUUCUGGUUCACCAAGGGCAAGAUGGCACAUUAUCCCGAAAAUUGCCUUUGGGGCUCUAAAUAG